AUGGAGUCUCUAUGGUUCGAAAAAUCUCUCUAUGACCUUAUUCAAGGUCUGAGAAGUAAUAAAGGAAACGAAGAGGAGUUUAUUCAGGCCAGUCUUCGAGAAUGCAAGAUCGAAAUCAAAACACAGGAUAUGGACAAGAAAGCCACAGCGCUUCUGAAGCUCGUAUACCUGGAGAUGUUUGGCUACGAUAUGUCAUGGGCAUCAUUUAAUGUUCUCGAGGUCAUGUCCUCCCAGAAAUAUCCCCAGAAACGGGUUGGCUAUCUUGGAGCGGUGCAGAGCUUCCGGCCGGACACCGAGGUCCUGAUGCUUGCGACCAACAUGCUUAAGAAGGAUAUUGUUUCGCCAAAUAUCCCGAACUUGUCUCUCCCACUCGCUGCCUUGCCGCACAUACUUACUCCCUCCCUCGCCAUGUCGCUACUGCCUGAUAUCCUCUCUCGUCUCUCGCACUCCAGCCCCGCUGUUCGCAAGAAGACUAUUGUUUGUCUGUACCGAAUCGCUCUGGUUUAUCCAGAUGCGCUGAAGUUAGCAUGGCCUAAGAUCAAAGAACAUCUCCUGGAUGACCAGGAAGAUACUAGCGUGACUUCGGCAGCGAUCAAUGUUGUUUGCGAAUUGGGUUGGCGACGUCCUCACGACUUCUUACCACUAGCACCAAGGUUCUUUGAGCUAUUGGUUGAUAGUGGGAAUAACUGGAUGGCAAUUAAAAUAAUCAAGCUGUUCGCGACAUUGACCCCGUUAGAGCCUCGCUUGACUCGAAAACUCCUUCGUCCGCUCACCAAUAUCAUUCAAACUACAUCUGCCAUGUCAUUGCUCUACGAAUGUAUCAACGGUAUCAUUCAAGGAGGAAUCUUGGAUGGCGAUGAUAGUCUUCAGGAGCGAGAUGAAGUUGCAACGCUUUGUGUUAGCAAACUCCGAGGAAUGAUUGUUAUAGAUUCAGACCCGAACCUCAAGUAUGUGGCGCUUUUAGCUUUGAAUCGGAUUGUGGCAAGCCACCCCAUGUUGGUCGCUAUGCAGCAAGAUGUCAUCAUGGACUGCUUAGAUGAUCCAGAUAUCUCGAUUCGUUUACAGGCACUUGACUUGGCUGCCGGGAUGGUGACUAGUGAUAUUUUGCAGGAGGUCGUAAACCGGCUGAUUGACCAGCUCCGAUUAGCAUCAUCACAAGACGCCUCUAAAACGGAAGCGCUAGCUCACCCAGAUGACGAGGAGCCUGAAGUGAAGGGAUCUGACAGCAAUUUGCCCUCAAUCAAUCUCCCGAAUGAUUACCGAACAGAGGUUGCCCAUCGGAUUCUGGAUAUGUGUGCUCAAAAUAACUACUCCGAGAUUGCCGACUUCGAAUGGUAUGUCGGGGUCUUGAUUCAACUCGUGCGCCUCCUUCCACCAUCGAGCACUGAGGAUGCUUGGUUGGAACCUGGCGUAGGAGGUCCAGACCCUUGGAAUAUAACCAAAGACACGCCGGCGUUUCGAAUCGGGUCCGAGAUUCGCAAUAUCGCUGUACGUGUGAAGGGAGUACGCGCGGAAGCCACCCAGGCGGCGGAGGCGCUCGUGCUUCUCGAUAAUAGACCUAUCCUAUUUCCUGCCACGUCGAACGUCGGGAUCGACGUUUUGGGACCCUGUGCUUGGGUUUCAGGCGAAUUUGCUGAUCAGUUACGAUCACCCAGUCGUACACUCCAAUCUCUUAUUGACUCGUCCAAUAUAUCAUUGCCCGCGGGCACGCUCCAGUUGUUUCUCCAGGCAAUUCCUAAAGUUUUCAUCCAAGUGAACCGAGGAUUCGAGACCAAGGAAUCAUGGAAGAGCGAGAUGACCCUCCUUCUGGCUCGAGUGGUAGAAUUCCUUGAGGGGUUGGCAGACCACCCAGACUUAGAUGUACAGGAACGGGCCAUUGAAUUCUUAGAAAUUCUUCGCUUGGGUGCCGAAUCACUCAAUUCUGAAACAGAGCAGGUGCCUUUCCUCCUGCAAUCCGUUAUCCCCAGCCUAUUUACCGGACUGGAGCUCAACCCGGUCGCCAUUACCGCUCAGAAGAAGGUCGUACUGCCACCAGAGCUACGUCUAGAUGAGCCUUUUAAUGAGGACUUGCCAGGUCUAUUCCAGAACCUGGACAACUCUCCACAUGACGCCAGCCAGCACCAUGUCUUGCAGAAUUUUUACUACCUUCCCGACUACACACCAGUUUCCCAAAAAUCAGCUAUCGAAUUCACACCAGCCGAGGUACAACUUGAGUCUUCCUAUCAGGGCUCAGACUACUUGGCCCCGUCAGAUAGACGGCGAGAAAGGAAGGAACGCUAUAGAGAUGAUCCUUUCUACAUCGCUCCGUUAGAGCCAACCUCGGGCGUAUCCACUCCAAAUAAUGAGGGGCUUGACCUCGACGCCAUCCCAAUCGUGGACUUGAAGUUGGACGACGCGCCUCAGCCAGCGAUCCGCAGUGCCCCCAAACCUCGACGGGGCGCGUCUCGCCGGAUGGAAGUUGCCGGUGAUGAAACAUUCGGAAACGAGGAAGCCCCUCUACCUUCCAAUGCACCCGGCAGUGCUGCCAACAAGCGCUCCCUGCUGCAGAUCGACUCUAGUAAUCUCGGGCAAUUCUCACUACAAGAAGACGACCCCAUCAUAGCUGCAGAAGAAGAUGCAGAUAUGAGGAAGGCAAUGCAGAACGUCGAGAAGAUGCGCUUGCGCAUGCAGCGAACCUCAGAAAGGAUCGAGCUUGAAGGCAUCCCGGCCGAAGGAACUCUAGUCAAGAAGAAAAAGAAGAAGACCAAGACGCAAGAUCCUGAUCAACCCGGUGCGGAGAAGAAGAAGAAGAAGAAAAAGAAGGAAGUGAAUUGA